AUGGCUGAAAACUCCAGUGACAGUGAUUCAUCUUGUGGUUGGACUGUCAUCAAUCAUGAGGGGUCUGAUAUAGAGAUGGUGACUUCUGAACAUGGGACAGCCAGUGACAGCUCUGAGCUCAUCCCAGAGUAUUCAUCUUUAGAGCAAGAGGAGCUACAAGUAUUGCAGUUAGAACAAGGCGAGAGCAGCCAAACUGUCACAAUGGUAGUGGAAGAGACUUCUUAUCCGGCUUUGGAAGAAACGAAGUUAGCACUUGUGAGAGAGGAAGAAAAAUCACUUGAAGACAAUGUUUCUUUUGGAACUGUCAGCGAUGAUUCUGAUAUUGUGACCCUUGAGCCACCUAAGUUAGAAGAAAUUGGAAGUCAAGAAGAAGCCAUAAGUGUUAAAGAAGCACAGAGUCCAGAAGACUUUAACAUGGGCUCUUCCUCUAGCAGCCAAUACACAUUCUGUCCACCGGAAACUGUAUUUUCAUCUCAGCCGAGUGAUGACAAAUCAAGUAGUGAUGAAACCAGCCAUGAGCCCAGUCCAGCCUUUAGACGCCGCCGUGCGAGGAAGAAAACUAUUUCUAGUUCAGAAUCUGAAGAACGACUGCUCGCUGACCAAGAAACUGACCCUUCUAAGGAGCUGGGUAAACGCCAUUUCAGUAGUGGCCUCAAUAAGUGUGUUAUACUUGCUCUGGUGAUUGCAAUCAGCAUGGGAUUUGGACAUUUCUAUGGCACAUUUCAGAUUCAGAAACGUCAACAGUUAGUCAGAAAGAUACAUGAAGAUGAAUUGAUUGAUAUGAAGGACUAUCUUCCCCAAUGUGACCAGAAACAAGUCUCUGUUACAGAUUAUAAGUCAUUGAAGGAGAACCUUGCAAAGUGUUGGACCCUUACUGAAGCAGAGAAGAUGUCCUUUGAAACUCAAAAAAAGAGCCUUGAUACAGAAAAUCAGUAUUUAAGAAUAUCUUUGGAGAAGGAAGAAAAAGCAUUGUCUUCAUUACAAGAAGAGUUAAGGAAACUAAGAGAACAGAUUAGGAUAUUGGAAGAUAAAGGGACAAGUACUGAAUUAGGUACUGAAAACCAAAAACUUAAGCAGUAUUUGAAAGAAGAAAAGCAGAAAACACGCAGCAUCCUUAAUCAAAGGGAGACUCUGUUGGCAGAAGCAAAAAUGCUAAGGAGGGAACUGGAGAGAGAACGACUAAAAACCAUGGCUUUACGAGUGGAGCUUCAGCAGUUAAGCUCGAGGCAGUCAGAUGGCAACCCAGAUUCUCCCAACGUACUGAAGGAUAAAAAGGAAGUAGAAAUCUUACGGGAAAGACUCACGGAGCUGGAACGGAAGCUAACCUUUGAACAGCAACGUUCUGAUUUGUGGGAAAGACUGUAUGUUGAGGCAAAAGAUCAAAAUGGAAAACAAGAAACUGAUGGAAAAACGAAAGGGGGCAGAGGAAACUACAGGGCCAAAAAUAAGUCAAAAGAUACAUUUUUGGGUUCAGUUAAGGAAACAUUUGACGCCAUGAAGAAUUCUACCAAAGAGUUUGUGAGGCACCAUAAAGAAAAAAUUAAGCAGGCUAAAGAAGCUGUAAAAGAAAAUCUGAAAAAAUUCUCAGAUUCAGUUAAAUCCACUUUCCGACAUUUCAAAGAUACCACCAAGAAUAUCUUUGAUGAAAAGGGCAAUAAAAGAUUUGGUGGUAUAAAAGAAGGAGCAGCUAAAAAACCAACAGUUUUUAGUGAAUACUUACACCCACAGUAUAAGGCACGUACACAAAACCAGAAUAGAGGCCCUGCCAUGCAAAGAGAGGGAAGGAAAGAAAAGCCAGUUCAUUUUGAAGAAUUUGGGAAAAAUACAAAUUCACAGAAAUGCAGUGCUGAACAUGGCUGUAGUGAAAGUUAUAAUUCUUUCAGAAAGUCUUGUUCUGGUGUAUUUGAAUGUGCUCAACAGGAAUCCAUUAACCUUUUUAAUAUGAAAGUGUCCAAUCCUGUAAGGAUAGAUGAAUUUAGACAGUUAAUUGAAAGGUACUUAUUAGAAAAACUGGAUAGUUUUCAUCACUGGAAAGAACUUGAUCAAUUCAUCGAUAAGUUUUUCAUACAUGGUAUCUUUAUACAUGAUCAGAAGCUCUUCACUGACUUUGUUAAUGAUGUUAAAGAUUAUCUUAUCGACAUGAAGGAAUAUCAAAUAGAUAAUGAUGGAGUGUUUGAGAAGUUGGAUGGAUAUAUAUAUAGACACUUCUUUGGUCACACUUUUUCCCCUCCAUAUGGACCCAGUCGACCAGAUAAAAAGAAACGUACGGUAAAUAUUGAAAACUCCAGGCAUCGAAAACAAGAGCAGAAGCACCCUCAGCCACAACCUUAUAAGAGGGAAGGUAAAUGGCAUAAAUAUGAUCGCACUAAUGGAAGAAACAUGGCAAAUGUCGAAAUAGAAUUGGGGCAGUUACCCUUUGAUCCUAAAUAUUGA